GUGGCAUUCGGGCUCUACGUUCCGGUGAAGUGCUAGUGUGUUUGAUGAAUUGGCUGAAAGGGUUACAACCUGUGCUUGUUAAACUCGUCCUUGGGCAGCAUCGUUCAGUUCGCCGGCCGGCGGCCUGGUAGGAUGCAGCUUAUCUUAUGCCCACCCCGCCGCCAUGCUCCUCGGCGUAGAGGGGCUCCGGCGGACGUGGGAGGUUGGCUGCUGAUGCACGCGCGCCUGUACCUGCAUCUGUUGCGUAAACUGGUCGGAAGCACGCCGUCGAAUUCCUGCCUGGAAGAACACCCCAAAUAUACACGCUGCAACGCUAAACUUGCCUUGACCUUCCGCCUUUAACUUCCCUCCUCUUGACGCCCACGCCUUUUAGUUUCUGUUGUUCUUGUCCGUCUCGUUCGACGUUUCGAUCUCUAGCCGGCGCGAUGUCGCUGGGCGGAGGGCACGACGACGACUGCUCGAUGUCGCCGCCGAGGCCGCCGUCCCCGUUCCACCUGCUGGAGGUCACCGUCAUCUCCGCGCAGGACCUGCACCACCGCCGACUCGGCCGCCGGGUGCGCGCGUACGCCGUGGCGUGGGCCGACCAGGCGCAUAAUAAGCUGCGCACCGGCGUGGACCGCGCCGGCGGCGCCGUCCCUACGUGGAAUGACAGGUUCCUGUUUCGCGUCAACGACGCGUUCCUGCGGUCCGACACGGCCGCCGUCACCGUGGAGGUGCGCGGCGCACGGAGCCUCGGCGCUGACCCCGUCCUCGGCUUCACGAGGAUCGUGGUGAGCACGUUCGUGCGCCACACAGGAGCGGUCGUUCCCACCCACGGCCGGCAGGUGGCAGCGCUGCAGCUCCGGCGGCCGCGGUCCCUGCGGCCGCAGGGCAUCGUGAACGUGGCGGUGACGCUGCUGGACGCCACCCACGCGGCGCGCACCGUGCCGCUCUACGACGCGCCGGACUCGCCCGACGCGUUCGCCGUGAAGGACCUCGUGAUGCAGAGACCAGCGUCGCUGUGCAAGAUCGCCGAGGACAAGAGCGAGCCGGACGGCGAGGAGCAAAAGCCGGCGUUCGUUGAUCACUCCGGGCGGCUGGACCCCAGGAGCGCCGCCGUCGAGCAGAGGAAGCUGGAGCUGACGCUCGAGAAGUGGAGGGCGGACCUGUCGCCGGGCCGUAGGGAGGACCGCCGCGGCGGCGCCCGGAGGCGCGGGCGGGUAUCGUGCUUCCGCGGCAGCGGCGAGUGGGACAGGUAACAUCGAUCGUCCAGGCUCUGGAACUGGAAGGCUCACGACGCGCGUGGAUGACGAUAAUGCAUGAACUGCAUGGAAACGGCGCGGCAGGAUGCACAUGAUACGUUGCACGAGACCAGUUUUACCGCGAUUGCCUCAGAUUGAUUAGGUUUAUUCGAUUUCUUCUUGUUAUCGAAGGGUGUUCAUUCCAUAGCCUGUUAAUUAGUACUAUGUAAAAACCUUGCAGAAAACAAUCACAUUUCUCUUCUUCUACUCCUAUGUUGC